AUGCAAAAAGCGGCGCAAUCGUGGUUCAGCGGAGGUCCGAGCAACAGCAGCAGCUUCGGCGAUGGACUGGAUAAGAAGCAGCCGUCCUUGCUCGCCGACUGGAAUGCCUACGCCGCAGCUCAAAACGACGCGGACGCCGAUCCCGAUCUCGGCUUCGAUAUCGAAUCCGCCGUCCGUUCCACCAGCGACAAGGUCUCCGGCACUUUCAGCGUGGUAUCAAAGGGAGUAAGGGGUCUGCCGGGAAGUUUCAAGUCAUCUACUAGCAAUGUCCCCUCUGGGAAGUCUUUCAUGUACUUCGGCGUACUUCUUGCCUCUGGAGUGUUCUUCGUCUUUCUAGCAUUCACAAUGUUCCUCCCCGUGAUGGUGUUGGUUCCCCAAAAAUUCGCAAUAUGCUUCACCAUUGGCUGUUCUUUCAUAGUUGCUUCGUUUUUCGCUCUCAGAGGCCCCAAGGAGCAGCUUCUACAUAUGUUCUCUAAGGAGAGGCUUCCCUUGACUUUGGGAUUCAUGGGAACCAUGGUUGGAACAGUCUAUGUAUCCAUGGUGCUUCACAGUUACAUUCUUUCAGUUGUCUUCUCGGUUCUACAGGUUAUUGCGCUAUCAUACUAUGUCAUUUCGUACUUCCCCGGAGGAUCUACAGGAAUGAAGUUCAUUUCUUCAACCCUUACUUCAUCUGUAUUGAGAUGUUUUGGAAGGUAA